AUGUUCCCAGCGGAGAACUGCCAUGAUUUGGACAGUGGUGGCAGGACAAAUAAUGCUGUAGAUCCAGAUGUAUCCGCCAGGACCGUCUUUAUAGAUGUUGAGGAGGUCAAGAAUAAAUCUUGUUUGACCUUUACUGAUGAUGGAUGUGGGAUGACACCUCAUAAACUACACCGAAUGCUCAGCUUUGGCUUUACAGAUAAAGUAAUAAAGAAGAGCCAGUGUCCCAUCGGGGUCUUUGGUAAUGGUUUCAAGUCAGGCUCCAUGCGGCUAGGAAAGGACGCUCUUGUCUUCACCAAGAAUGGGGGUACUCUCACUGUUGGACUCCUAUCACAGACCUAUCUGGAAUGUGUCCAGGCCCAGGCAGUUAUUGUACCAAUUGUUCCAUUCAACCAGCAAAACAAAAAAAUGAUUAUUACUGAGGAUUCCUUGCCCAGCCUAGAAGCCAUCUUGAACUAUUCAAUUUUCAACAGUGAAAAUGACCUGCUCUCCCAGUUUGAUGCCAUCCCAGGCAAAAAAGGCACUCGAGUUCUCAUUUGGAACAUCCGCAGAAAUAAAGAUGGAAAGUCUGAGUUGGACUUUGAUACAGAUCAGUAUGACAUCCUGGUAUCAGACUUUGGCACAGAAGAAAAAGAGACUGGCGGUGGUACCUGUGAGCUGCCAGAAACAGAGUAUUCUUUACGGGCAUUUUGUGGUAUUCUGUAUAUGAAGCCACGAAUGAAAAUUUUUCUGCGUCAAAAGAAGGUGACUACCCAGAUGAUUGCCAAGAGCCUGGCCAAUGUAGGAUAUGAUUUAUAUAAACCUACCUUCACAAAUAAGCAGGUGAAAAUAACUUUUGGGUUCUCUUGCAAGAAUAAUAAGCAGUUUGGAGUAAUGAUGUAUCAUAACAACCGACUCAUAAAGUCUUUUGAGAAGGUGGGAUGCCAGGUGAAGCCAACCCAUGGAGAAGGUGUGGGAGUAAUUGGAGUCAUCGAGUGCAAUUUCUUAAAACCUGCCUACAACAAACAAGACUUUGAGUACACCAAAGAGUACCGGUCUUCUUGCAGUAAGUACAAAUGGAUCCUGGGAGAGGAGCCGGUGGAGAAACGAAGAAGGCUCCAGAAUGAGAUGACAACACCUCCUCUAGAUUAUUCCAUGCCUGGCCCUUACAGGAGGGUGGAGGCACCUGUCGCCUACCCAGAAGGGGAGAACAGCCAUGAUAAAUCCAGUUCCGAGAGAAGCACACCACCAUACCUUUCUCCAGAAUACCCAGACGCAAGCAAGAAUACCAGUCAGAGUAGGGAGGUGUCAGUCCUGUAUUCAGGGGCCCAGGACCAACACCAGGGGUCCCUGCUCCCUGAAGAAUUAGAAGAUCAGAUGCCAAGAUUGGUAGCAGAAGAAUCUAACAGAGGCAGCACAAAUGUAAACAAGGAGGAAGUAAACAAGGGACCUUUUGUAGCUGUUGUCGGUGUUGCAAAAGGCGUUAGAGAUUCAGGAGCUCCCAUUCAGCUGAUCCCUUUUAACAGAGAGGAGCUGGCUGAGAGGAGAAAAACAGUGGAAUCCUGGAGCCCGGUGCCUUAUUCCUCCGUGGCCCCUGGUCCCCCCCCCGCCACAGCCGCUGGGGAGAAGGGCCGAGGUUAUGAGGAGAGCGGAGGGCGCAGUACGCCAAAGAUGAAGAACCAAAGAGAGCUGGAAGAACUGAAAAGAACCACCGAGAAACUGGAACGCGUUUUGGCUGAGCGGAACUUGUUCCAGCAAAAGGUGGAGGAGCUGGAGCAGGAGAGGAAUCACUGGCAUUCUGAGUUCAAGAAAGUCCAGAGCGAGCUGGGGACCUACACCGCCCAGGAGACGGAAGGCUUGUACUGGAGCAAGAAGCACAUGGGCUAUCGCCAAGCCGAAUUCCAGAUUCUGAAAGCUGAGCUGGAGAGGACCAAGGAAGAAAAGCAGGAACUCAAAGAGAAACUGAAGGAGACAGAGACGCACCUGGAAGUGCUGCAGAAGGCUCAGGUCUCCUACCGGACCCCAGAGGGAGAUGACCUAGAAAGGGCUUUGGCAAAGCUUACGCGGCUGCGUAUCCACGUCAGCUAUCUCCUUACUUCUGUCCUCCCUCACUUGGAGCUUCGUGAGAUCGGGUUUGACUCAGAGCAAGUGGAUGGGAUCCUGUAUACGGUGCUGGAGGCAAAUCACAUACUGGAUUGAGCACCGGACUAUAUACUCUAUAUACCCUUCUAUACCCUACCCUACCCUACUCUACCCUACUCUUCUCUUGUCUUGUCUUCUCCCUUCCUCUCUCUCCCUCUCCCCCUCUCUGCCCCCCUCCCUUUCUCUCUCUCUCUCUCACCUUUAUGCCUUAUAUGGAGAAUCUUUGAGUAAAUCCUGGCUCUCACUCAGUCUGCUUCUUACUCAGUUUUGGUGUGGAGAAGGAGGCUAGUUAAUAGGCUUUCGGGAGUUCCAGGAACAGAAAAGCAAUAGUCACCAAGCCAGGUGACCUGAAAGCUUUAAUUUUCAUGAUGUAGACAACUUGGCCUGUUUUAUAUCCUUUCUGAAAUGGUUUGUAUUCAUUUAGGUUAAAUCAGUCGGCAAAUACUGGGUCCAGUGUGGUAGAUGUUUGGGGAUAAAUUAAGAAGUAUAAUUCACGGUUGCAGCCUUCAAGGAUCUAACAACCUAGUUGGAAGUGCAGGACACACACCAAGUUAACUAACUGUUACAAGUGAGUGGUACAAACAUGAUAGAGAAGUUCUGGGGGAGGCAGUUGAAGGAAGGCAUCACAUCAGAAAUGGGACCUAAACUAAGAUUUGUUUCAAGAACGAUCAUGACCACACUGUCAACAAUGGCGACAGUGGUGGUUCUUUAGGGGGUAGGAUUAUGGUUGAUAUUUUUUUCUUCUUGCUAUCUUCCUGCCUUUUUCAAAUUUUCUAUAAUAAACCCAUUAUUCUUCUUACAUUGGAAAAAAUAAAUUGUUUUUCAAAAGAAUGAGUAGGUUUGGAUUCAGAUACCAGUUGAGAGACUCUGUUGAACAUAUAAGGUAAUUUUAUAUUUACAGUUCAUGUUAUAUUUAGCAUUACCUCUGGAAGAAUAGCAUGAACAAAAGCGUGGAAAAAGCUGGAAUGUGAAAAAGACGUUUGGUAGAAGUGAUGGGUUAAUGUAAAUGGAACUGAGGUUAAAUCAUGACCCAUCUACUCACGCUCACGUGGCAUUUGCAUGUCAAUAAGGAAUUCUUGAAAAAAAGAAAUCUUCAGGGCUCAAAUUCAAAAAAUAUGUGCCACCAAACUAGGAUUUCAGGAAGUGGGGGAGCUCUUUUAGAGCAGGGAGAUCUGUUUGAUACCCUUCACAAUUCACCACCUACCUACUUCCUCAGGCUAGUGCUGAGUAAGGGGUUGGUCUCAUAUUAUCAGAAAUUGUAAAACCUACACUCUUGUAAAAGUAGACAUUUUAUUUAUCCAUUGCUUUAUUAUAUUUAUAUAGCGCGUACUCUCCAAAGAGUUCAAGGUACUCUUCACAAGACAUUGAACAAUGAACACAUAAAGAUAUACCAGCAGUG